UUGUUAUGUUUCUGACCAGCAGUUAUUUAUGGCUGCUGGAAAAUCUGACUGUCCUAGUGGAUGGAGGCUUGAGUAUGCAGGCUAUGUAUUUGCUGCAUAUUAUGGUCAUCAGAAGUCAGAUUGGACAUGUAUUGACAAACAGCCUGAAAGCUACUUGUCUAAGUCAGGUUCUUCAUAUCUUUAUCCAACUGAAAUCAAAUGUGGAACAAUCAACUGUCGUAACUCACAAGGUGGAUAUAUAGCAAACAGAGAAGUGACUUGUGCUGUUUGUAGCUCGGAUGACAUGAGGAAGGGUUCUCUUUACACACACUGGGGUCGUAAUGACUGUCCUGAGGAUAAUACCUUAGUAUAUUCUGGAUUUGCUGCUGGAGCUCUUCCAUCUCAUACUGGCAGUGGAGGUAGCUUGUUGUGUAUGCGAUCCAAUGUUGAAUAUUUGGACAGAAAUGAUGGUGGACAGAGCAGUGCUCAUCUGUAUGGUGUUCAAUAUUCUAGUAGUGGAUAUCUUAGAGGAUCAUCAUUUAGCAGUGUCCACGGCUGUCGGAUCCCCUGUGCUGUCUGUGAAAACAGGAAGGCUGUGACAACAUUUACACAGUUUGGUUCACUAGAAUGUCCUCCAGAUUACACUGAAGAGUAUUCUGGCUACGUGUUUGCAUCAUACUACACAAGCUCAAAGUACAAAACAAGUCACAUUUGCGUCAAUCGCAACCCAUCUUGUCUGCGUUCUGGCAGCAGCCAUGGUAUAGUGUUUCCUGUGGAGACGAAGUGUGGGUCUCUACCAUGUCCUCCCUAUGUCCAAGAUCGCGAGUUGGUGUGUGCACAGUGCAGUCGCAUACGUCACAAGUGCCCAUAUUUUACCAUCAAUGGUACAGUAUGUGUGAAACACUGUCCUGUGUACACAUACACUAACAAGAGUGAUGCAACGUGUCAUGUCUGCGAUGUUCAGUGUGAUCAAUCUGCUGGCUGUACAGGUCCAGGACCUCACAUGUGCAAGGAAUGCAAGAGCAACGUUUAUAGUGGAUCUUGUGUUGACCAUUGUCCUGUUGGCACAAUUGCAGAUUCUCAAAAUCGUUGUGUUCUAUUUAAUGACAGUCUUGACUGUGCUGGCGUUUCAAAUGGGGGAAAGACAUUUGACGUGUGUGGGGUUUGUGAUGGUGACAAUUCAACUUGUAAUGCUAUGGCAUUGUACACUCGCUGGGGACGAGAAGAUUGUCCCGAGACUGCCAAAUUGUUGUUCCAAGGCAUUGCUGCUGGGUCACACUAUUCUCACAAAGGCUCGGGAUACAAUAUGUUGUGCAUUCCACGCAAGCCAUCGCAGUCUGUUUCAUGGGACCACAGUGAUGGCAAUAAUGAUGGAUCUUUGGUAUAUGGCAUAGAAUAUGAAACCUCAGGAUAUGGAGUUGGAGAAUUGGCUGGGUUAGCUGGUUACCAGGUACCUUGCGUUGUGUGUGAAGCUAAUGCUUCAGUGACUGUAAUGAUACCAGGAACAAUUGAAUGUCCUUCUAACCCCCAAUUUUUAUUGGAGUACAGUGGAUAUGUGAUGUCCAACUAUUAUCAUUCAUCAGGUUUGUACUUUAAAGGAGAGUAUAUUUGUGUUGACCGCACAGCAAAGGCGCGUUCUGGCAGUCCAACUAAUUCAAACCAAGGUCGAUUAUUUCCAACAGAGACUGAGUGUGGUGAGUUGCCGUGUGGACCAUACACACAGGACAGAGAAGUGGCGUGUGCUGUAUGUUCUAUGUCAACGAGCAGCGAGGUUUCUGCAUUCACAGACUGGGGACGGAAAUCAUGUCCAGACCAAGCAGAGAUAGUAUAUGAAGGAUAUGCUGCAGCUAGCUAUUAUAGUUAUGAAGGAUCUGGUGCCAACAUGGUUUGUCUUACUUCAAAACCAAAAUAUCAUCAAUACAGUGACGGAAAUCAUAAUGGUGCUUUAUUAUAUGGGGUGGAGUAUCAAGUUAGUCUGCCAAGCUAUAGUCAAUUGAGUGGACACAGAAUUCCUUGCAGCGUUUGUCUAGCUUACAGAGCAAACACUAUCAUGAUUCCUGGACGACUGGAUUGUCCAGUUGACUGGUCGAUGCAAUACAGUGGCUAUCUGACUGGUUCAUACUAUAGUCACAAAUCAAAAAUCAACUGGGAAUGCUUGGAUGAAAAUUCUGAAUCCGGAGGGAGUUCAGGAUCAGUAGGUGGCUAUCUUUAUCAAACAGAAAUUGAAUGUGGGAGCAUUAAAUGUCGAAAUCAAGAGGACAGAUAUGUUCAAAAUCGUGAGGUGACGUGUGCUGUGUGUUCGUCACCUGCCAAUCGACCAGGAGUUGUGUUUACUCGAUGGGGGAGGUCUACAUGUCCUACUGCAUCUAAGCUUGUCUACUCAGGAUUUGCUGCAGGUUCUCAUAAUUCACAUAAGGGGGGUGGAGCUAAUGUGCUGUGUAUGAGACCUAUUCCAACAUACGGUGAAUUCAAUGCUGGGAAUGGUGAUGGUGCCCUUCUGUAUGGCUAUGAGUAUAACAGUGGAGGGUUGCGCUCUACUGCUUUUACAUCUCUCAAUUAUUAUGAGGUUCCUUGUGCUGUGUGUGUGGUGGACUAUGCUGUUGGAACUUUCACUUUAUUUGGAGGAAAUGAGUGUCCAAGAGAUUACAUGCCUGCUUACGGUGGCUAUGCAUUUGGCCACUAUUACAGCCAUGCAUCAAAAGGGCAAUUUGUUUGUGUUGAUCAGCAGCCUGAGGCUUACGACAACACUCUCGGUGGCUCAAGUCACAGUCAGGCAAUCCUAUAUCCUGCAGAGGUGGAGUGUGGCAGCUUGCCAUGCCCUCCGUACCAUCAGGACAGAGAAAUGGUGUGUGUCCAAUGUAUCAAGAAGAGAAGUGAACAGUAACUAGCAUCAAUUUGUAUGUUUGAGUGAGGUACUACAUUACGUGACUAUGAAGUCAAGACAACAAUAUUGUGAAGUUUUGACGCUUCUCAAAUAAGAUGAGAGAGAAUUACAUGGGUGGUGAAUUAUGCAU